GCAUGAAUUACAUUUAUAGGAUAUGUUUGUACAUGAUCCCUCUGCAAAAGAACAGGGUGGACUCUCUGUUGGAGUUCCAGGUGAAAUUUUAGGUCUAUAUGAGGCUUGGAAGGCUUAUGGCAGGCUCCCAUGGUAUAGACUUGUGAAACCUGCAAUUGCAAUAGCAAGAUACGGAUACGAGAUAGAUCGUUUUCUAUAUUUUCAAAUGAAAAAUACAGAGGAGGCAAUACGCAAAGACGAGGGUUUAAGAGAGGUGUUCAUGGUGAAUGGGACACUGUUGAAGGUUGGAGAUAUAUGUCGUGAUAUUAAACUUGCAAAUACAUUGGAGAAGAUUGCAUUUUUCGGGGCGUCAGUGUUUUAUUACGGUCCCCUAGGGGCCGAUUUGAUUCAUGAUAUCCAAGAGAAAGGAGGGAUAAUCACAGUGGAAGACUUAAAAGGUUAUAAGAUUAGACACACGAAACCAAUUUCUGCAAAGGUCAUGAAUCACGAGAUUAUUACCAUGCCUGUGCCCGCUGGAGGUGUUGGGAUGAUAAUGGUUUUGAAUGUACUUGCUCAAUAUAGAAGUGCUCAAGCCCUUACCGGUCCCCUUGGACUCCACCGAAUGGUUGAAGCAAUGAAGCACAUGUUUUCAGCAAGAAUGAACCUGGGUGACCCAGACUUUGUGGAAAUUGAGGAUGUUGUCUCUAAAAUGCUCUCCCAAAGCUUUGCAAGAGAAAUAAAGGAUAGAAUAAACGAUAGCACAACUUUUGAUCCUAGCUACUAUCUUGAUAGGUGGAACCAAACCAAUGACCAUGGCACGAGUCACGUAAGCAUUGUUGAUAAGGAGAGAAAUGCAGUUGCCUUGACUACCACUAUUAACAAUAAUUUUGGAGCAUUGUUUCGGUCUGUAAAAACAGGCAUAGUACUCAACAAUCAGAUGCAUGACUUUUCCAUCCCUUCAAAUGAUAGCACCAUGCCUUCCCCUCCUGCAAACUACAUUGAGCCGAACAAAAGGCCAAUGUCCUCCACCAUGCCCACCAUUAUCCUCGAGAAUGGACAACUUAAGGGUGUGAUGGGUGCAAGUGGAGGAUUGAGAAUAGUUCCUGCAAAUAUACAAGUCUACUUGAACCAUUUCAUUCACCGAAUGGAUCCAUUCGAAUCGAUUCUGGCACCUCGACUCUACCAUGCACUUGUGCCCAACAUUUUGGAAUUUGAGAAGUGGGACACAGUGAGCGGCUAUCACAUUGAAGUACCCCUAGAGGAUAGGGCAGCCCUGGCAAAGAAGGGCCAUGUCCUACAAGCCUUAGCAUUUGGGGCCAAAUGCCAAUUUGUGGUUCACCACCUCCCCCGUUGGCCACAGGGAGAGACCGUUGUCAAAGCAAAACUCACUGGCGUAAGUGACCCUAGAAAGGAAGGUGAACCUGCUGGUUACUAAUAUGUGCCGCUGCUGCCACUCUCUCUCUCUCUCUCUUUUAUUUAAGCUGGAGGAUGUUGGUUCAUGUGUGCAUUCGUCAACGUGCUUUAAUGGCGACCCUUCUUGUUUCUCUCUCUAGAGUCCAUCUUUGGUAAUAAAGCCGAGUUUACAUUCUAAUGCCA